ACAAUUUGGCAUGAGCUUUCCAGUUUGGCGGCGGGUUGUUUUCUCAGCAUUUUAUAGCAAAACUAACACAAACACCACAAAAUGGCAGGUGUCCUAUUCGAAGACAUAUUCAACGUAAAGGACAUGGAUCCCGAGGGCAAGAAAUUCGACCGCGUCAGUCGUUUACACUGUGAAUCAGAGUCGUUCAAAAUGGACCUGAUUUUGGAUAUUAAUUCGUGGAUAUAUCCGAUGGAGCUUGGAGACAAGUUCCGGCUGGUUCUGGCGACGACGCUGCGGGAGAACGGGUACCCGGACGGCGGGGAGUGGAACCCCCUGGACACGGAAGGAAAUCGCGCGGAUAGCUUCGAAUAUGUCAUGUCAGGCAAAGUUUAUAGGAUAGAAGGUGACGAGGCAGCGAUGGAGACAGCGUCCCGCCUGGCCGCCUACGUGUCGUUCGGGGGGCUGCUGAUGCGGCUGCAGGGCGACGCCAACAAUCUCCACGGCUUCGAGGUCGACCAGCACAUGUACCUGCUGAUGAAGAAGCUUGCCUUCUAAAUGAGUCAUAAAAGCUAUGAGGGUUGAUGG